AUGUUUAUCGUCGGCCUGACUGGUGGAAUAGCCACUGGCAAGAGUUCUGUUUGUGAAAUAUUCCGUGAACAUGGAAUUCCUGUGGUGGAUGCUGAUGUUGCAGCUCGUCGAGUUGUGGAACCUGGUAAAACGGCCUGGUCGAAAAUAAGAAAACAAUUCGGGGAUGAAGUAUUUGAUGAUGAUGGCUAUCUUGAUCGGAGUAAACUCGGUGAUUUAAUCUUUAAUGACAUUGAAAAAAGACGGAAAUUAAAUGCAAUAACUCAUCCUGAAAUUUAUAAAGAAUUGUGGUGGGAAACGUUAGAUUAUUUCUUUCAAGGAUAUCCAUAUAUUGUUAUGGAUUUACCGCUGCUAUUUGAGACUGGAAAAAUGCAAAAUUAUUUGUAUAAAAUAAUUGUCGUUACUUGCGAAGAAGACCAACAACUUGAGCGUUUAAUGAAACGAUCAGAUAUUGAUGAAGAAAAGUCAAAACAACGAAUAACUUCGCAAAUGCCUCUGGACAAAAAAAUCGAGCAAGCUAAUUUUGUAAUUGAUAACUCUGGUAGCCGGGAAGAAACAAAAAAGCAAACAAUUAAAAUAAUAAAUCUUUUGAAUAGUUAUAAGCAGCACUGGCGAAUCCGCUUUACACUUGGUGUCUUCUGUGUUGUAUUAGUGGGAGGAAUUUACUGCCUGGCAACCAGAUUCCUCAUGGAUGGCUCUAAUCAGUGA